AGUUCGCCGAACGAUAAUACCGAUAUUAUCCCCAUUCAACAAGUGAAGAUGUUCUUUCAAUCUUGCAUGGAUAAGAAGGCUCGGGAAGCAACGGGUAUACGAACUAUCGCAGAAAUUCUUGGAGAAACUUAUGGCUGGCCUAUGAUUACGGACGUUAAAAACUGGAACAAAAGACUCAACAGCUGGCAGAAGAUUGACGAUAGUUACGUACGUUUGGGUGUCAGUUACACAUUCUACACGAUAGACCAAUCGAUAGAGGACUGGAUAACUAAGGGGAGCCGCGUCAUAACGGUAAAUGCACCGAAAGCCGAUGAUUUGCCUUUGACCAGAAUUGGUUAUGAAGAUUAUCGAACGCUUCUUAAACCCAUUCUUGAGGUAUUCAUUAGUCAUAAUCAGGCUAACGUCUCUGCUGAACAAUUAGAGAAGGACAUUCAUGAUGUCUACAAUUUCGAGAAGCAGCUGAAAUUGUGAGCGGGAAUGUCUUAAGGAAACAAAGAUGGUCUGUGCUGAGGGAUAUUGGUUCGCUGAAAACUACUUUGGAAAUGACAGUCGUGAAGCUGUUAAAAGAAUAGCAGAAAAUGUGCAAAACGAAUUGCGUCAUCAAAUAAAUAAUUCCAAUUGGCUGCCUGAAGAUAUUAAACAGGCAUUCGUAGAAAACGUUGAUAG